GCUGCAGGUCCACACCGCCGCACUGUCUGCUCUCUUUCUCUCUUUAUUCAUUGGUUCAACGAUGGCUUCACCGAAGAAAGUCUGCAUCAUUGGCUCUGGAAACUGGGGUUCUGCCAUUGCCAAGAUAGUGGGUUCCAAUGCGGCCCAGAAUUCCAAUUUUGACACCACCGUCAAAAUGUGGGUGUUUGAGGAGACGGUGAACGGGCGCAAACUGACUGAAAUAAUCAACAGUGACCACGAAAAUGUGAAGUACCUUCCUGGGCACAAGCUGCCAGCAAAUGUGCUGGCCGUCCCUGACCUGGUGGAGGCGUCCACUGAUGCAGACAUCUUGAUAUUUGUGAUCCCACAUCAGUUUGUUGGGAGAGUGUGUGACACCAUAAAGGGCAAGAUAAAGACUGAUGCACUGGGGAUAUCGCUCAUCAAGGGCGUAGACGAGGGGCCUGAUGGACUUAAACUCAUCUCUGAUGUGAUCCAGGAGAAGCUUGGUAUCAACAUGAGUGUGCUAAUGGGGGCCAACAUUGCCAAUGAGGUUGCUGAUGAGAAGUUUUGUGAGACCACUAUUGGGUGUAAGAAUAAAAACCACGGGGCUCUCCUGAAGGAACUCAUGCAGACCAACAACUUCCGAGUCACUGUGGUGGAGGAGUACGAUGUGGUGGAAAUCUGUGGAGCCCUGAAGAACAUUGUUGCGGUCGGAGCAGGUUUCUGUGACGGUCUGGGCUUCGGAGACAACACCAAGGCAGCGGUGAUCCGGUUAGGCCUGAUGGAGAUGAUCGCAUUCGCCCGCAUUUUCUGCACCGCCGGUCCCGUGUCCUCCGCGACCUUCCUGGAGAGCUGCGGUGUGGCCGACCUCAUCACGACCUGCUACGGCGGCCGCAACCGCAAAGUAGCAGAAGCUUUCGUGAAGACGGGGAAGUCCAUUGAGGAGCUGGAGAAAGAGAUGCUGAACGGUCAGAAGCUGCAGGGACCAGCGACGGCAGCCGAGGUCUAUCUCAUCCUCAAGCACAAAAACCUAAUUGACAAGUUCCCACUGUUCAAUGCAGUGUAUCAGAUCUGCUUUCAGGGACAUCCAGUCACAGAGUUCAUAAGCUGUUUGCAGAACCACCCAGAGCACAUGUAAAAAAAAAAAAAAACAAAAAAAAAAAACACUGACUGACCAAGUGCCUUUACAUUAACAUAAAUAGCCGCGGGACCAUUCACUCCACAGCUGUCAUGCAACCGAGUGCAAAGUUCACUUUUUGAAGAAGUUGCGUAACAUUUGUGUUUGUUCAGUUCUCGAGUUUUACCACUUUGUCCUUAACACUGAGUUUCUUUUAAGUGCUUUCGUUUAUUUCCUGACAUAUACAUGAAACUUGAAGGAUAAUUAGUAAAGGGGGUUUCUUUUUCCCAUGCGAUUGUCAGAUGGCUGGUUUUGCCUUUUUAUUUUUAUUUUUUUCCCUCUGAGCCAGAUUAAAUCAGAAUGCAUGGUGUCACUUUUUCUCGAAAAGCAACCGAAUUGGAAACACUAAUACAAUUUAUCUGGACUUAACUGGAUAUCAAAUUAGUCAUAAUACAACAUUUUUCUUAAAAUGUUAACUGACCCUUGGCUGCCAUUCAGUUAGUAACAUGUUUGUAGGAUGUUCAUAUGGCACCACAUCAUGCAUUCAGAUGUUGGCAGGGCAGACCACUCAGCAAAGACCUAUCGACAGCCUUCUGUUGGGGAAUUAUUGUUAUCUAACAUUAUUGUUGCCGUCCAGUGAAUGCCUGUCCAUCACCACAUGUUAUUUUAAUCAUGUAAUGUAAUACCUCACUUAAUUCUGUCUUUGUUUGCUCUAAAAGUGUCUUGCAUAAUUCACUGUUUCCUGGCUUGUACUGUAUAUUAACACACCGUCAAUCGCACAGCAACUGUUUUUAAACAUAAAAACUGCAAGUGCCUUUGAAUGCACGGUUGCUAAGUUGUGGCGAUUGUCUGUUUUUUGUAUUAUUUAUUUUUUUUUGUCCAACCAAAGACUUGACUACAUAACAUCUGUCCAAUAUUCCAUUUUGUUAUUGUGACCCUGCCUAAUGUUUACUCAUGUGUGUUUGUAAUGAGAUCAACAUUUGUCUGUGAAUAAACUAAUUCUAAUCAUC